AUGGGUCCAGCAGGGAGAUUCCUUGACAUCUGCCAAGGAGAGCGAAGCAUCGAGGAUUAUGCUUUGGAGUUCGUGGGGGCGGCUCGGCUGUCAGCGACAGAGAGGACCUGUCUAAUGGUUUUCUUCUGGGGAGGACUAGCCGAGCCCUUCAAGUCCCUUAUGCCAUUCUGGCACCCCGACGAGACGCUGGAGGAAUACAUCAACCUGGCUCUGCAGUUGAGCGGCUCAGCUGUUAGGGUGGAGUUAGCUGCAGAGCCAGCUCAAGGUUCUCCCAAGGCCACAGUCCAGGAGUCAGCAGAGGCCUCGUCGGCUGCACCCAGUGCCUCACACCUGUUCCUGGAGCGUCACGGGCUGAUGCACUGCAUGCGGGAUUCACAGUGGAUGUCGGAGCGAGCAGCGUGGUCGGCUCGCAGGACUCACAAGGUGGUGGAGCCUGCUGAUGUUCCCUCUGAAGCAGUGGGGCUGACUGCUAGCCUUCACAAAGCUGCAGAUUCCACUCAGGAUUGCCCCAAGGCGGUGGUGUCCACUCAGGAUUGCCCCGAGGCAGCGGCGUCCGCUUACGAUGUCCCCGAGGCGGCGGCAUCCGCUCACGAUGUCCUCGAGGCAGCGCCGUCCGCUCACGAUUCCCACAAGGCGGUGGUGACUGCUCCGGACCCUCCAGAGUCGAGUCAGGUGCCAGUAAACUCUCCAGAGACGAGUCAGGUUCUAGCGAACUCUCCAGAGUCGAUGUUUGAUGUGUGUAAUAUUGCAGGCUCGGGCCGCUCCAGAUCCAGGAGUGCUGCUGUCUCUCAGACGGAUGAUCAGGAGCUUGAGAGACGUGGCUCUGGUGACGGCGCUCAGGAACCGCUGCCAAACCCAAACCAGCCGCUGAGCCAAGAGCUGCCUGGAUACAUCGCACCUCUGCCUUCAGAGUUGGCCGUUUCUGUGUCCACAGAUCAGCCUCACAGGAAGAGGAAGUGGCAGAGCGGCAGCCAGGAGGAUGAGCAUCCGUCUCCUUCAUACAGAAGAGCUGCCAAACGCUCCCGCAGAGAAGCGUAUGUGAAGGGCCCAUUGCUGGGGCGAGGAGGAUUCGGCUCUGUGUAUGCUGGGACCCGCAGGUCUGAUGGACUGCCAGUUGCCAUCAAGUACGUCUCUAAACGAGGAACACAGAGACUGAGAGUUGAAGGUCAGGGUCGGCUGCCGCUGGAGGUGGCGUUGAUGACCCUGGUCAAUUCGGCUCCUGCCUGCCCCAACGUCCUGCAGCUGCUGGAGUGGUUUGACCGUCCCAGACGCUACACCAUGAUCCUGGAGCGCCCGCUUCCUUGCCAAGAUCUGGAGAGUUUCUGUGAGGAGAACGGACGCCUGGAGGAGAGUCUGGCCAAGAAAGUGCUGCUGCAGCUGAUCACGGCGCUGAAACACUGCGAGAGCCGUGGAGUCCUGCACCGGGACGUCAAACCAGAGAACCUGCUGAUCUCCACAGACUCACAUGACAUCAAGCUGCUGGACUUCGGCUGUGGAGAUCUGCUGAAAGACUCGGCCUACAAACACUUUGCAGGCACUCUUCAGUACGCCCCUCCUGAGUGGUUUCGGCAUCACCGUUAUCAUGCGGGACCGGCUACGGUUUGGUCAGUGGGGGUGACGCUCUACAACAUCCUGUGCAGCUGUUUCCCCUUCAGAGGCGCAUUGAGGGUCACCUCCAAAAGCAGACUGCUCUUUCCUAGAGAGCUGUCGACAGAGUGCCGUCAGCUGAUUCGCUGGUGCCUCAGUGCAGCGGCAUCAGAUCGGCCCAGUUUAGACGACAUUGAGCGCCACCCCUGGUUACACUGAGCAGGUGGCCAGUGACACACACUUAUCUGACUCACAGCAGUCAUGGCUGGAUUGUCUUGUUAGGAUCAGACUAGAUAAAUGCUUCUGAUUGUUUGUAUAGGGUGAGCAGGAGUGACACAGGAAGUGCAGAGAACAGCUUCCUGAUCACCUACAGAAAGAGCAGAGGAUCAUGGACUAAUGGCCGCCACACAAUGAAGGGUUUUGAUCCUCUGCUCCAGUCUGUGAGGGGCUCUGUGUGGAUGCUGGAGGAGUCUGAACACACAGCAGCUGAAACCUCAGCCCGACGGGCCACAGAUCAAUAUGUGUAGUUUCUCCACAAAUACAGUCGAGAGAAGGGAGAAAAGUGUCAAGAAGCAGAACAGGAUCAGAAAGAGUCUGGGGCAGAGUGUUAACUAGCAUAAUGUAUUCAUGGAAAAAAGUCCACUUGGUGUUAGACAGAAUUUAAGUCACCAAAAAAUUAAGUAGUAAUUCAAGUAGUCCCCACAAUGUUUACGAAACAGAAAUGUUGAAAUUUUACACAUUCAAAAGCAAUGAAUAUAAUUAAAUCAAAUUGUGACAAAAUGUUAAAGAAUGACUUUGCUUUGGCUCAUUUUAACAAAGUAACAUAAACAAGCAGGAAGCUUACUCCAU